AUGAUGAGAAAUCAUUCGACAAUAACAAUCUUCAUCAUCCUGGGUUUGACAAAUGACCCACCACUAGAGAUAGUGGUGUUCGUUUUUCUGUUUAUCACAUAUGUGUUAAGUGUAAUUGGGAACCUGACCAUAAUUACUCUCAUCUUGGUGGAUUCUCAUUUAAAAACAGCUAUGUAUUUUUUUCUUCAAAAUUUCUCUUUCUUAGAAAUCUCAUUCACAACUGCCUGUGUCCCCACAUACCUGUACAUGAUAUUGAGUGGGGACAAAACCAUCACCAUAUUUGCCUGCUUCAGCCAAAUAUUUUUCAUUGUCCUCUUUGGAGCUACAGAAUUUUUUCUCUUGGCUGUGAUGUCCUAUGACCGCUAUGUGGCCAUCUGCAAACCCCUGCACUACAUGACCAUCAUGAACAGUAGAGUCUGCAGGAAUCUCAUUCUGUGUUGCUGGAUAUCUGGCUUACUGAUUAUCCUCCCUCCCCUUGGACUGAGCCUUCACCUGGAAUUCUGUGACUUUGCUAUUGACCAUUUUUACUGCGAUGCUUCUCCAAUACUGAAGAAUUCAUGUUCAGAUACAUGGUUCGUAGAGCAGCUGGUGAUAGUCUGUGCUGUGUUGACCUUCUUAAUGACCCUUAUGUGUGUAGUUCUGUCCUACAUGUACAUCAUUAGGACAAUUCUAAGGUUGCCUUCAGCUCAGCAAAGGAAAAAAGCCUUUUCUACCUGUUCUUCCCACAUGAUUGUGGUUUCCAUCUCCUAUGGCAGCUGCAUUUUUAUGUAUAUCAAACCUUCAGCUAAGGAUGAAGUGGCCAUUAAUAAGGCAGUUUCUCUACUAGCUACAUCUGUUGCUCCUUUAUUGAACCCCUUCAUUUAUACCCUGAGAAAUAAACAAGUAAAACAGUCUUUCCAUGACACCUUCAAAAGAAUUGCAUUUCUUUUAAAGAAGUGUUAAAUUCUCACAGUGGGAAUUUCAAUUAAAACAAAAAUAAGUUAUUAGCAUAUUGAUGGAAACUGAGCCAUGGUAGCUGUGCAGUCUUAUAAAGUUGUGGAGUAAUAAAGAGUUGAGAAGAAAACCUAGGAAACAACUGUGAGAGACCCAGCAGCAUGCAGGCGGAUAUUCCUCUAUUCUCU